CUCCCUCCUCACAUCUUGAACGAAUUAACAAGUGUGCUACCUGGGCAACGCCGAGCCAGGCUGCACUGCAUUCAUGAGCUCUGGCCCGACCAGCCUAGCUUUAUGAUGCAGCCGAGGCCUUUGUUCAGCCUAAUGAGACCUAGUCUCAAAGCAUGCGGGGAAGUUCGCAAAUCAACGCGCCGCUCUUUGUUUCCAGCUAGCACCGAAGCGUACGGGAGCCGAGCACUCCGGUGCACGAGCAGAUGCACCACGAGCACACCUACAAAGCCUACGUAAACAUGAGGAGGAUCACUGCCUCAGAAACUGUAACGGCUAUACGAACAUCGAAUAUUGAAGGGGCCGCGUCCAUACAAGACCGCACCAGAAGACAUAGCAACUCGACAGCGCACUGCACCGAAUACAUGGCGUGAAGCAAGGCACGCCAACCGACUGUGCGCACGACAAAAUUGACCGCGGACCUGGGUCAGCGCCACAGUCCGUCGUGCCCGCAGGAACUUUGGGCGCCUCGUCGGAGAUCAUCACGCUCCCGGUUGUUGGGGGCAUGGGCCUCCGAGGGCGUUUUUCAUCAGGACGCUCCCUCACCCUCGCGCUUCUGGCGCCGCCCCUGGCACACUCCGCGCGCCAGGGUGCGGGGGGGUCCUGUGCCGAUGCAGGAAAUCCGCGCUGAACUCUGGAAGUGUAUGUUCAUUACGGUAUUGGUACCUCUUCCGUCUCUGACAUACUGCGCGAAUUCUAUUCUCUGGCUGAAGCCAGAAUGCCUACGCGGGUGGGCAGAUCCCUCCACUCAAGGCGUAACGCCGAGCGGCCCCGCAGGCGUUCAUGCCAAGCCCAAGAAUAAGGACAUCAAAAACUUGUAUGAGCAGGAGGCAGCUCGGGCAGGAGGCCACAGAAGCAGGAAACCUAAGUUUAGGAAGUAACUCGAGGAACAUAGCGUUAGCCACAGAGCGGAUCAAAUUGUGGCGCCCGCCCUCUGCAUGCCUCAACCUGCCCUGGGCUACUGAAGCAGACUUCGCACAGAAGCACACCUACCCACCGUACGCUCCAGGAGCCCGUCGUGCCAGCUCGACGGACAACAGAAAUGGAGCUGAUCGACCCAUCGAGCAGCACACAUCAAGAGCCAAUCGUGCUAGCACCUGCCCGCCGGCUCCCCCAACAAAACGCUGGUCGGCGCCUCGGCGGGCAAAAAGCAAGAGCCGGCCGCGCAGGUUCGGCCCUGCGCGGGGCAUACCUUACACAUGGCGCCGACUCGUGCACCGUGGCGCAUUUCUGGCGCCAGGGGCAGCAGCAAAAGGAGCAACCGAAAGAACAGAUCGCCGCCAAACAUUCUCCCGCUGGCAGAGGAUCGCCCGCGAGGUUGGGCAAUACCCCUCCACUCAGAGGCUCGACAGAAUGGAGCCGAGCGGCCUCACAAGCAUUCCCGCCCAGCGUCGGAAUGAGGCGUCGAGGGGUGCAAAAGGCGGGCAUAACGAGAGACCGGCCGAGGGCAGCAAGUGGGCUCAGGGGGGGAGGGGGAGGAGGAGGCGCAGCGCUGCAGGAGAAGGGGGAGGAGGAGGGCAGUAGAAGAGAGGGUCAAGACUACGCGUGCCGCUGCUGGUAAGCACCCUGGGUGAGCGACGCCUGGGGUCCCUGGCUCGACGCUCACGAGGGUUCUCAGGCCGCGCCCUCACAUGUGCGGCCUGCUCCUUGAAGAUCCAGGGGCCCCAGGGGUGGAACACCUCUGAACCCUGUCUUGGCGAAUCCGAUGCAGUACGUCGGGACGAGCAGCGCCAUCAUCAUGAUCGGAUUGUGCGCCCUGCCUGGCUGGACGUAACCCGACACCGCCUCGACCACGACCAUCACAAGAACGAGCGCCAUCAUGCACGCGUGGGGGCCGAGCUCGAUGCCCCGCACCGACCAGGCACCGUGCGCAAGCGCAUGCCCUGCGCAGUGCGGAGCCAUCGCCGCGGAGCGCGGGGAGGGGGUGUCGGCAAGGGCGCGCCGCGCACAGAGGAGGCAAGGGGGGGCCUCUCUGUGCCGCCGCGCGCGCGCGCUGUGAGCGGCGCUCCGCGCCUGCGUCCUGAAAGGCCUGAGCCCCAACGUGGCU